AAAAUAAUAAUAAUAAAACAUAAGGUAAAAACACCUCCUGACAAAAGGAGUUCAGCUUUUCCUUCCAACUCAAGUACUUCCAGGAAGUUGAGAAUAAAAAGACCAUGUCAAUCAGAAGCCCAAUAUUAAACCAUCAAGCAAUCAUUCUUUCUAUCUUUUCAAUCUUCAAAAGCUUUGCUUUUUCUUCAGUAAAUUGACGUUAACCCCAGCUACACAACACAACCAAGCGAUUAAAUUCUCUGUAGGUAUUUGAGUUGAACAUCAUCUUGAUAUUCUAUAUGGCUUACAUCCCUCCACACAAGCGGCAUUCAAAGGAUUCGGAGAUGCCAACACCAACUCCAGAGUUCCUUGUUCCCCAAUUUAAGAGAAAUGUACAGUUGAGAGCACCAAAGUCUAAUGCUGAUAGGAGUGGAAAGAUCAUAUAUUCGAACUAUGCCAUAAAUAGAUGGUUUGCUCUUGGUUUAGAUGAUGGGAAUGGGGACACUUCAGAUGCUCAUCUUAAGCCAGUUUCAGUUGAAUUUAUUGAGAGGAAAACAGGAGAGAAACCUGUAAUCUUGGUGAAGAGUAAUUUUGAUAAAGAGAACAAUGAAGUGAAAGGGUGCCCGUGGUCAUCUAUUGCAGAGAAGGUUCUGCCAGACCUGUUAUCUUCCUUUGAAAUUGCAAGGGCUGAAACAGAGAACCUAGAUUUGAAAGAAGUAAAACCAGGAAUGGUAGCUAGGUUUGGCAAAAUACUUUUUCAUGGGAGCCCUUCAGUGAACCUGGAAAGUGUCAGAAAAGAUUGUGUGACAGAGACAACAUUGAGGAAUUUGAAAAGAUCAUUUUACACAAGUCUUCCUGCUUCGUACACGGCAAAUAUUAUGGCUAACGUUGCCCCAAAGAUUGGAGUUGAUUUCACAGAGGUGAAAGAUACAUACCAUGUGAAGUUGUCUGAUACCACACGACCAGAUUCAACCAUUUCGUGCAAAUGUAGUGUAGUAGAUUUUAAAAGACUACAGCUAUACAAGGUAGAGCUAAACCCAGUGCGUGACAUGGUUGUAGACAUAUCAUGCCCUGAUAUGGAUCUCGAUUUGAGGCUGAUGCUGUGCCACAAGAGAAUCUUAACUUCUCCGACUGAAGAUGAGAUACAAUGCAUUAGAAAUCUGAUUGAUUCAGCAGUUCUAGACCCAGAUGUGAAGGGUGGGCUGAGAUGGCCCCUUGGAAAAGCAUCUAGUGGGAAUAGAUUCAAUGUUGUUGGCGUUUGGCACACAAUGGCUACUGCUUAUCAAAACUCAUCCUUAAGACUCAAGGUAAGAUAUGCUGAUCGAUUUGAUUUCAGAACUGCUUAUGGGGAAGAUUCGAAGGAGGUUGUCCUGAAGUUGAAAGGAAUAGUUUCAGGACUGCUGGAGCAGGAGGUUGAAACAAAUGUGAUCUCCAACAUGCUCAAAGACACCUUAAGUUUGAUAUGGCAACACUUCUUGCGCUGCGAGCCUUUUCUAACAUAAAGGAAUGCCUCCCUCUCUUCUUUUUAUUCCUCACUUUCUGUGAGUUGUGCGUUUUCUGUUUUGUUGAAAGGCGAUAGUUAUAGCUUAUCAUGGCAAGCAUCUAGUAAGGCCACAAUAUGAAAUGUAUGUAUGCAAUCUUGAAGAGAAGGGAAAUGCAAUUAUAUGGUUUGAUUAUUCCAACCCUUUCAAUUCCUACAUAUAUUGUUCCCUUUCUAUUCCCCCCCUCUUUGUGGAAGGUAAAACCAAUUAUAAGUUUGGAGGCGAAGCAGCAGUCGUCAGGUUGGCCGCCUUUCAAAUAAAAUCCAACUUUAAUGGAGGAUGACUGAUUGAGCUUGUAAAACAAAGGGAACAAAACAAAAUGUAUUGUAAAGAUCUGCACUCAACUUAUAUGAUAUAUUAUUCAUUUUAAUUAGAAAAUCACGUCGAGAAGUAUAUCCACAUAAUUUACCUCUAAUGUAUAGCCACUUUUCAUCUUUGGGUCUUUUUAUGCAUGGAUUAACCAAACUUGGGU